AUGGUGGAUCAAAAUACUGAGAAGAAGAGGGGCUUAAACUUUGCUAGACUACUUGUAGAGGUGGAUAUUGAUUCUCCUCUUCCAGAAAAGGUGAGAUUCUUGAAUGAAAGGGGAAAUAUGGUGGAGCAAAAAGUGCAGUAUGAUUGGAAACCAACACUUUUUAAGUGUUGCCAAAAGUUUGGUCAUGGUGAGGGAGAAUGUAGGAAGAAAAAGCCACCAGUGCCUCAAACUGAGAGGCAAGAAAAACAAGCACAACAAGCAACUGAGAGGCAAACAGAACAAACAAAACCAGCUGAUGACAGAGGAAAGAACAAAGGGACAGCCAGUGAUCAGUUUCCAAAGACCAGUACACAAGGGAUUACACAGGAUGAAGUGACAAAGACACCAAAUGUGAUGAGGAAUACUGACAAAACUCAGACACAAACCAAGCAAGGAAACAACAACACAGCUUGGGUCACCCCACUGAAUCCCAAUAGACCACCAAAUAGACAACUGGGAACUAAGCAAACACAAGCACAAAAUACCUUUCAACCAUUGGCAAUGCCAGGACCAAGUGAGAAAAGAGGCCUGAAUGGGCCUAAUAAGCAAAAGGAAAUAAAAAUCCUUUGCAAUAAAGAAAAUGUAGGAAUAGUAGGGUUGUUGGAGACAAAAGUGAAAGCAAAUCAAGUAGAACAGGUGGCUAGGAGUAUGUUUAGUGGUUGGAAUUAUGUUACCAAUCUAAAUCACCAUUAUAAUGGUAGAGUUUGGUUAACUUGGAGACCAGGCCUCUAUCAAGUGCACCAGAUAAGUGGAAAUGCCCAGGCUAUUACAUGCCAAGUGACUAGUAACACAAUUAAUGUACCUUUCUACCUGACUGUGGUCUAUGCUUACAACACCAGGAAGGAAAGGAAGGAAUUAUGGAGGUAUAUGGAAGAUGUUAGUAGAAGAUGUAACUGCCCAUGGAUCAUUAUGGGAGAUUUCAACUCAAUUUUGAAUAGGACAGACAGGAUUGGAGGAUCUCAAGUAUCUGUGACUGAAGUGAUGGACUUCCAACAAUGUAUAGAAGAUUGUGAACUAAUAGAACUUCCUCCAAAAGGAAGUAGAUUCACAUGGAAUGACAAACAAGGGAAUAAUAGGCUGCCAAAUUACAUAGCAAAGUUCUUACCAGAAGGAAUAAGUGACCAUACACCAGUAAAAGUAGAACCAUUACUGGCUAGACCACGAAGGAACAAACCCUUUAAAUACUGUAAUGUAGUGAGGAAGUUGAAGAAACUAAAGAAGGGGCUCAAGGAGAUGAAUAAAAAACACUUUAGGAACAUAAUCUCGGAGGCAGAUGAGGAUAGGGAAAUACUGAGACAAGUUCAAAUUGAACUGCAGAGGAAUCCGAGUGAUCAUGAUCUGCAGAAACAAGAAAAGGACCAGUGUCAAAAGUUCAGAAGAUCAUCGCAUUUGGCAGAGGUGUUUCUUCAACAAAGGAGUAAGGCAACAUGGAUAAAACUAGGGGAUGGCAAUACAAGAUAUUUCUAUUCUAUUAUAAAACAUAAGAAGAUGCAACAAGUUGUCACUCAGAUAAGGGACAAGAAUGAUGUGUUACAGACUGAACCAGAUGCAGUUGCAAAUGUCUUUGUGGAUUACUACAAGGUGCUGCUGGGAACAAAGGAAAGGGAGAGAACAAAAGCAUUUAGGAGUUUUGUGAGGAAUGGGCGUACUUUGUCAGUUGAGCAGCAGCUAGACUUAAUGAGACAAUACAGUAUCAAAGAUAUCAAAGAUGCAAUGUUUAGCAUAAAUGGAACAAAGUGCCCUAGACCAGAUGGAUAUGGGAGCGACUUUUUUAAGAAUGCUUGGAAAAUUGUAGGACCAGAUGUGACUGAUGCGAUCCUAGAGUUCUUGAACAAUGGGAAGUUGCUUUAA